UUGUGCAUUGUAAACUCGUAUUAACUUGUUGAUUACCCAAUGAGAGCCAGAUCAGAGCUGUGCGCGAUGUAACGCCUCAAACAUCCAGCUGGUUCCCCUACACCGAGAUCUGGAGCCUCCCAUGUCAGAUUGGUUUAGACCUCUCCCUUAUUCACUAGAUUCGAUAGCAAGUGCUGUAAAAUUUCAACAAGACACAUUCGCUGGUCUCAUCCGCUACUACCGGCAAGCUUGUUCCCAGCUAAGCCAGACGUGCGAACGUAUUCGAGCGGAGAGAAAGGCUCUUAGAAAAGAAGUAGACAGUUUGCAGCGAGAGGUGGAGCACCUACGCCAGCGCACUUCUGGCUUGGACCCCGCUCAUGCUCAGCAACCCUCAUCUUUCUCCAACGCGAAUGGCAAGCGUCCGAUGGCUGAUGUCCAUGAUUUCAAGGCAAGUUCCAGCCCUAGAUCUAUCGUCACCCCAAUCGGACCGAAUCGAAUUACAUUACCGCCCGGGGAGCAACCGAAUUUCACCCGCCAAGAUCAGGGACGAAUUUCCAGCCAGAGCCGUCAACCGGAACGACCUGGCACAAGUCGUUUUGUAGAACAAUAUGCGUACAAUGGUGAACAGGGACCACGCAUGCAAGCCCCUCAGCUCUCUCACGAACAAUCAGCAUCUACCCGGCACCUGCGAUUGGCGUCCGGGGAUCAAGGUCAUCAUUCUAUGCCACCUCCACCCCCUCCAGUACCCGGGCCUCGAGGUCGCUUCAGGCCUGCAAUGAACCAGACGGAUACAAGAACCACGAUGGCGUCGAACCCCCAGACAGUUGGACCGCAAACGAUACAACAUCGACCUCAGCAACGCUCAUUCGCGGUUCCGCAAACUCCUCAUCGCGCUAGCAGCACACACUUCACUGGCCAGACAUCCGAUCAAAUGCGCUCACUCCAAUCCAACCGUUUCAUCCAACCAUCUUCGCACGGACAUUCGAACUCUGGUGCAGGUGCAGGUGCAGGUGCAGUGACUGUGACAUCCUCGAAUGUCCCGGGGACCUCGUCUGGAAGACAUAGGAUGCCAUUCGUUUCAGGGAGUGCCAGUGGAUUUGGAUGAACUUGACUUUAUCAUACAAUCCUCUUGAUCGAAUAUGCAAUGAACGCAGUAUCCACUUGCAAUUGUGUUGUGGGACUCU